AUGGCGCUCCGAUCUCUCUUCUCUCGCACAUCCCUCGCGGGAUUAUCGGCAGCUUCCAGGACCUCGUCUUGCCUCGACUCCAAGGCCCUAGGGCUGGCAGGGCUCGCCCAAUCCCGAGGAUUGAAGACCGCAUCUCUCCCCGAUCUCCCCUAUGAUUACGGCGCCCUGGAGCCUGCCAUCAGCGGCGAUAUUAUGCAGCUCCACCACAAGAAGCACCACCAGACCUACGUCACUAACUACAACAAGGCUCUCGAGCAGCUCCACGAAGCUACUCUCAAGGGCGAUGUCGGUACUGUUGUUAAGCUGCAGAGCGCCAUCAAGUUCAACGGCGGAGGUCAUGUAAACCAUUCAAUCUUCUGGAAGAAUCUUGCUCCUGUUCGUGAAGGAGGUGGUGAACCCCCACAUGGUUCCUUGGGCUGGGCUAUUGACACUCAUUUCGGUUCCGUGGAAGCAUUGAUCCAGAAAAUGAAUGCUGAAGGUGCCGCUCUCCAAGGCUCUGGAUGGGUGUGGCUUGGCCUCGACAAAGAGACAAAGAAGCUUGUAGUUGAUACCACCGCAAAUCAGGAUCCAUUGGUGACUAAGGGAGCAACUUUGAUCCCAUUACUUGGCAUCGAUGUUUGGGAGCAUGCAUACUACUUGCAAUACAAGAAUGUGAGACCGGAUUACCUGAAGAACAUAUGGAAGGUAAUGAACUGGAAAUAUGCGGGUGAAAUUUAUCAGCAGGAGUGCCCUUGA